AUGACUAAAGUCUUCUGUGAUUUCACGUCAGAGCUUGGGUCAGCGUGGACUUUGGUUCUCUCCUUUGCGCGUAAAAAUAAAAACCUUGAUACGUACUGCAAAAGAUCUCUAUCACAGAACGACCCAAGAAACGGGGAAAACCCAAACUGGGAAGACUACCGACUCUCACUUUCUCGAAUGCAACACCUUAGGUCCCAGUCUACUCACUGGCGCUUCACCACAGAGUUCCCGGUACAGAACUUCGCCCGGUUAUGUCUCGGUUAUGUGUUGAGCUACGACGCUGUCGGGCACCGCAAACAAGUAGAACUCGUCAACAUCCGGGGAUGUCAUCCGGGGAUGUCACGGCCCCGUUUUGACAGGUUGACGGCACAUGGCCUCUUCAUACUGAUAGCACUCUAA